AUGUCUCUCUAUGAAAAAGUGUUUCUGGAUGGAGCCGAAGGGGCUUCUGGGCAGAUCUAUUUGCUGAAAAACUUUGAUCCUUUGGCAGUGAUGAAAUGCUAUAAAUCAGAUCAAUUUGCGAAACUUCACAUGGCCUCAGAGAUCGAGAGUCUAAAAGCUGUCCGGCACAAGCACAUCGUGCAAUAUUUUGGGGCUCGAGACGAGAUUCUCGAAGAUGGAGAGGCCAUUAGUGGAGUAAUUAUGGAAUAUUGUGAAAGGGGAUCACUCGAUAAAUGGAUAUUCAAUCCAACAGCCAAGUACACGGUGAAAACGGUGCUCACCUGGGCUGAGCAGUUAUUGAGGGCGACCGAAUAUCUUGAAGAGAUCAAAAGGCUUCACAAUGAUAUCAAAACAGAAAACAUUCUGGUGACACAGGAUUUCAAUCUGAAACUCGGUGAUCUUGGAUUGAGCACAACCAUCGAUGAGCAUUCAUCAAACUUCUUUGGAACCCCUCGUUUUAUGAGUCCCGAAAGGAUCAAAGACGGAAGCAUUUCUUUCAAAAGUGACAUUUAUGCAAUCGGACUCAUUUUGUGGGAGAUCAUCACAAGAAGAAAAAUAUUUAUGAAGUUUUUUCAUGGAGGAGUCUUCCACAUAGACGAGCUACUGGGUGACGAGGUCUCGGGGAAAGAUCUGAAAGCCAUUGAGCCUCUCGAUUGUCUUCAAAGUCUUCAAAGCAUUGUGUUCGGAUGUUGUUUUUUCGAUUCGAAUUCCCGCUUGAGUGCUUCAAAAGCUUUACUUCUUUGUGACGACUCGAAACAGUCAAUUGUCGACUAUGAUAAAUAUGAUUUCCGUCCAGAAAUUCUUGACUUGAACUUGGACAAAGAUGAUGAUCAAAAAUUGAUUCGUCCUAUUGGAUUCAAUGGAACAAAUGAAGAGGUGUUUGUGAAUAAAGAAACAGACGCUCCAUGGUCAUCCUCGUAUAAGAAUAAAAAAUUGUGGUCAACCGAUGAAGUUCCACGAGAAGAAGCUUCACAAGAAACAGACGAACUUCGAGAGACACUUUGUGGAGAAGCGUUGCUGGAAAAACUUUUGAAGCAACGAAAUCAUCAACACUUGAGAAAACUCGUCAAUGGACAUCCUGAAAUCAGAGACUUUUUCAUUGGCAAAGAAAGCGUUGAAAUGAGCGAAUACAUUUCACUGGCUUCAGCCGUAAUCAAAUCGAAAGUUGACGAGCAGUUCAUUUACGAGUUCAGCUGGGACUCGAUAAAGGGUUUAUGUCAACAGUUUUCGGAUGGGAAACCUGUCAAACAAAACACAAACGACGACGACUAUUUAGCUGGCCUAAUCAACGAGAAGUUGGACGAGGAUUUCCUCAUUCAGAAGCUUUUCUUUCAAACGCUUUUCAUGAUGAUUCACACACUCCGAGAAGCAGAUACCUCAAUUGGGAACUGGUCGCUUUCGAUUGGAAUUCGCGAUAUCGCGAAUCGUUUGGAGCAUUUGCGAGAGAAAGUGCAUAAACGCUUUCAUUUCAAAUGCUACAUCUUGACCUCGACAAAAGAUGAGUGGUUCUUUGUGGCUGACUACCCGAAUCGAUUGAUAUUCGUGCGCCGGGAUUUCAGUGAGAUGCGACCAUUUUCGGGAAAAUGGGAAAAUUCCGAAACAUACGUCAUUCGUAACGAUGAUUUUGCGAAGAAAAAAGCGGCUAAGAUGUUGUUUUCGCGCUUGGAGCCGGUGGAUUUGGACACGGUGAAUGCGGCUUUACAACGACAUUCCGAGAAGAUAAGCAGCUAUUUGGAUAUUCAGUUUAGAAGCUUUCGACUGAAGCACGGUGACUUCACUCGCUCAAAGAGAACAGGUCAAGAGUUGCCGAUCCGUGGCUAUGUUUUUGAUCUAAAAAACCCACCACGACCCAUUUGCUAUUGUAAGCCGACAGCGUGUGAAGUUGUCAAUCGAAUCCCCGAAUGGGUUUCCAAGAAACACCAGUUUCCGAUAUUUCGCUGUACCGAAAAGAGGAUUUCAGAUUACACAAAUUUGUACAUUCUCUUCUGUGAUUACUUGUUUCAAUGUGAAUCCGAGGAACAAAUCGAAUUCCCGAAUUAUUUCUUUAACAAUCGAAAAGAAUUGAAAUCGCUUUUGAAGGAUUUGAGCUGUAGUCCAUACUUUCAGCUCUGUAAAAUUUUGGAUUCCAAAGGAAAAGAGGCAUUUUUGCUUGAGAUUCCAAAGAUCAAUGGAGAAAGUGUUCUUUGUUUUAAUGAAAACUCGGAAGUUUUCUCGGAAAACGUCUCUUUAGAUCAGGUGGAUCUAUCCAAUUUACACGCAUUUAACGUCUCUGAAGCCUAUGAAAACCUAUCAAAAGUUGUCGGAAAGAAAUAUUUCGAUCGUUUGAGUCAAAGCUCAAAUGUUUUCUGGAAUCCAAAUGCUAUUGAAAGGGUCAAAGAAAUGGAGAAAAUUUAUGCGAAAGUUUUGGAUACAGAUGAACUAAAAGAUGAUGUCAUUUUAGAGUUAAGAGAUCAUUGCAAAAACUUUCUGGUCACAACAAAAGACGAGAAGCAUCAAGGGAUACCGGAGUACUUUCAAAAGCUCUCCGACUUGAUCAUCCCCAAUGUGGACCCCACGGAUCCAAGGGGAAUCUUUGAGCAGAUUGGAAAUGCUUUUGCGAAAAAUCCGAAGCUUCUAGCUAAAGGAUUAGCAACAUACAAACCGAUUGAUGCGAAUGUUUUAGAAACAAUGACAAAAGGUUUGGGGAUCAAUAAUGACGAGCUAACAAAAACAGUCAACGAACAGUUUUUCGGUGCCUUUAAUCAGAAAAAGACAGAUGAUGGGCAAAAUAAAAAGACUUUCAGUAUGUCAAGUUCAUCAAAGGUAACGAAUACUGGGGAGAGCUUGGGGAAUCGAUUUGAGAGCUCUUUUGGUGGCAACGAUGCAGAGUUAUCCGAAUGCUUAGAGCUCUUUCAAGCGGGAAUGAAAAUGGCGACACUCCGAAAAGAACCCAAAGCUUUUCAGACAUAUCUCACCGAAGUUACGACAAAACAUGGAAUGCCCGAAAUUAACGCCACUGUUUUUGGAGUCAAAGAACAGAAAGGGGAGAAACCAAAAGAUUUUGAUGAUGAAUUGUCAAAUCUUGAC